AAUAUGUUAGUCUGCGAUUAAAGUCCGUCUUCCAAACGAAUUUUACACGUGUGGAUGUGACCAUGAUUUAUUUUUUCACUAUUCUUUAAAUUAUGUUUAAUUAAAGUGACUAUUCACCAAACAAUACUAUUCAAAGUAAAAAACAAUAACGAUGUCUUCGUGGAAGAAGGCUGCAAAGGCCAACCAAAAAACUCAUAAAGAGAGACAUCAGCCAGAGUCCAGAAAGCAUUUGGGAAUUUUAGAAAAGAAAAAAGAUUACAAGCGGCGUGCAGAUGAUUACCAUGAGAAGGGUGAAACUCUUAAAUUACUACGGAAACGGACUCUGGAUAAAAAUCCCGAUGAAUUUUAUUUUCAUAUGAUAAAUUCUAGAGUCAAAGAUGGUGUCCAUCAUGAAAUACUGAAAGAAGAUGAGGAUAGUCCGGAGCAAUUAAAACUGAUGCAAACUCAGGAUGUUAGGUACAUCAAUAUGAAGCGUACAAUUGAAAGCAGGAGGAUUGACCGAUUGCAGAGUGAAUUGCAUAUGACAGAUGUGGCAGACUCCACGCCAAACACGCACAUAUUUUUUGUAGAUGAAGGCGAGGAGAAAGAUUUUGAUGUAGCUAAAAGACUGGAUACACACCCACUACUGCUGGGUAGGAAGUCAAACCGACCAAGGCUUUCCGAUUUAGAUAAGAUCCAAUUACCGCAAGUGGAUAAAGAAACAACUCAAGCCAUGGUACAAGUCAGAAAAAACAAAUAUAAGGAGCUAGCAAAGAGAAUUGAAAGGGAGAAGGAGUUGAUGGUGAUCCAACAGAAGAUGGAACUGAAACGCCAUCUGCAGGAUGCAAAGGGUGUCAAACCGAAACGAAUAAAAAAGGGAAGCAAACAUUCUGCACCUGUAUACAAAUUCCAAUAUGUUAGGAAAAAAUAAAACAAUUUGUUUUAAUA